AUGGAUGCGCCAGACCAGCACCAGCAGCCACCCAUUCUCAACUACGUGCUCAGCUUCCUGCUCGUGGGCAUCGCGUGGGGCGGCACCACGCCCUUUAUUCGCCGGGCGGCCCAGUCGCACAAGCCGCCGCCGCACCCGAUCCUCGACGAGACCGCCGCCGGGCUGCGUCGCAGCCUGUACGCCGCCCUGUUCGCCGUCGUCGAUUUGCUGCGGAAUCCACGGUACGCGGUGCCGCUGCUGAUCAACCUGACGGGAAGUGUGUGGUUCUUUUUGCUGAUUGGGCAAGCUGAGCUUAGUCUUACAGUGCCUAUUGUAAACACCCUGGCAUUCCUAUUUACCGUUCUUGGUGAAUGGUUGGUCGAGGGCAAGGUCAUUAGUCGAGAUACUGGUGCCGGAAUGCUCCUUUCUUUAGUUGGCAUUGCACUUUGUGUAUACAGCAAGACAUAG